AUGACCGCACGACACAAGGCUGAGCCAGGUAUUAAGCACAUCAGGAGAGUCAUAGUAGUCACCAACAAUGCUAUUGGCAGGCCAAAGUUCGGAGAGCGGCCCAAGAAUGAUCUCAACAUCUUCUUCCAGAUCGAGAAUGUGCCCACAAAUGAUGUUACGGACGACAAACCCCAAGGCGCUGAGUCGAGGCGUGCGAGGGUUGUGCAGUACGAGAAGAGUAAGGAUAGCGAUGGCGCGGCCCUCAAAGAAAAGGUGAUCGCGGGACAGGUGGGCCUGGAUAUCCUCAUCCGUUUUACAGUUGUCGGUGACAAUCUCGUCGUCAACAGCGCCCCAGAUGCUCUUCAUCAAGCUUACCUCGCCAUCGGUACCAGCACUCUGUGUGCUAUGAAAAGCACAGAUCGCGGAGCUGGUAUACAACAAGGAGAUAACAGGAAUCCGGCUUCUGCUGAGUCAAUCUGGUCCCCGAGCGAAAAGGUGAAGUACCGUGCUCGAGCGUACAAAACGUACAAAUGGGACGAAGUAGGUCCAGUCCCCCAUGCCACCGAUUUCGUCUAUCAGGGCUGGGCACAGACCAUGUUCGAUCUGGCUCCGAAUCGCUUUCCAGAUCCGGUAGCUUGGGUUUUCAAGAGGUUCAAGCAUUGGGACCCUACAAGCCAAGCACCUCUCCAGGACCAGACGUACCGUCUGUAUGGGGGGAGUGGGCCAGUUUACCGCUGCACUGGAGCUAUCAACCAACUUGCCAUUAACACUAAUGACGGAAUUGUGCUUUUUCAGUCGGCAAUAUCUCCAAAGGUGGCAACACGCAGUAAUUGGGACCAUGAAGCUGCAGAAAACGAGCUACCACAGCUUCGAUCUCGUGCUGACUUCGCCUUCUUGGAAUGGUGGGCACUACGACGCCGCGACGUAAUACCGAAAACCGCCUUGUUCAGCUGCGCCAUCUCGGACAUCACCGACCUUGCCACCCAUCGACUGAUUUCGCGGUACAUACUUGCUCGCGGUAUGUUCGAUAUGGAGAAUUGGCCAGCCCAAAACAGCGUUUUCAACACCAACACGCCUGAAGGACUCGCGCUGCUCGGUUCACCUGCUGCACAACCCUGCGUCGCCCUACUCGUACAACACAAAAAAGACCUUGGGAUCAAGCAAAUCGUCAGUGUCACAGUCUUCCGAAGCCCUACUCGCCGAAGUGAGAAGAAUCCAAAUAUUUGGCUUAUCUAUCCAAAUAUGGUUUUCAAGAUUGAAGACGUUCCUCAGCAACAAAUCUUGCCCGAUCCAAGCCCCAACUUCAUACCCCCGCCACGAGUCGUCGUACCUGAUCCACAGGCAGGUCUGCCACCUCGUCCCAAUCCUGUCGCACCGCAGCCUGUGGCACCUCAGCCAGUGAUUCCCGGACCUUCGACUCCGCAACCGAACGCUAGAUCCGCUGACCGCAUGGCCGCUCGUGAAGACCCGGCGCCCGCAAUCGCAUACCACAUUAAGCAAGAAAGAGACGGCAAGAGAAUCGGCAUCGAGUCGGAGUUCUGGGGGAACAAAGCUAGACUUUGUGGUGGUGAGGGAUGGAGUCGCUACAGGUUCAUUGCUGCGUUCGGCUUUCGCAUUAUGCAUGCUCCAUACUGCGAUGGCGAUGGUGCGACCUCCGUUGGUUGGUGGGUCAUCUUCGCUGGGUUCAAGGUCUGUGUCGACUACUCUCCAAUGAUAGUUGUUUGGCUUCUUGAGGUCUUCUUUCCAGUCUUCGGCGAUACGGCGGACGGAUGA